UCAAGUACUCUAAUCUACUUGUUCUUGCUAAAUUGUGAAUUCUGCAUAUCUGCUUAAUUCAGCUAAAAGCAUAUAUGGCGCCAGUUGCAGCUGGGAGUGGAAGACCUUGUAAGCCGAAGAAAAUAAUGAAGAUGGGUAUACGCAAGAUCAAUGUGACCAUGAAAAAGUUAAGAGGGGAUAUGGAAAAGAUAAGCAAGGAGCAAAGCAGUAUAAGAGAGCAGCAAAGGAAAAUCAGAGAAAAGUUGGAAAAAAUUGGGACUCAAUGUGCACAACUCCGGGGGGAAACUGACUUGAUUGUCAAACAGAAGAAGUGGAACCAAAUUCUCCUCAAUCUUAUGUGCAAAAUCAUCAAGGCAAGGCAAGACAGAGACUUUGAUAAAGCCGCCUCCCUCGCCAGCAUCCUUCGGGACUUAAUAGCGAAGAAAAAGAAAAUGAAUGCUGAUGGUUAGCUCUGAGCGCAAGUAAGACGGGCAUCAAUGUUUUCUUAGCAGAAAGCACGUUGCAACAAAUAAAAAGUCACUCCCACUCCCACAUUACAUUUACCUUUUCUUUUCUUUUUCUUUUUUUUUUUCAAUCAAAGGGAAAGGAAGACCAAAAAAAAAAAAGGGUCUUGCUUCACUCCCUAAGUUUUUUGUUUUUUUUUUUGGUGAAUACUUCACUUCUAAGUUUCAUCUUGAUCAAGAUCAAUAUGUGCAGAUCAAUAAAUAAAUGUAAUAUAA